AUAUAUAAUCCUAAUUUAGAGGUCAAAACACAACUCGAAAACAUAGGAGAACCAUGUUUUUCUCUAUUGCCAUGGAAAUCCAUGAAUGAGAUAAAUGAUAAAUUAAGAAAGAUAUUAAUGUUGGAUGUGGAGAACCCCACAAAAAAAAAACAAAAAACAAAAAACAACAUGGAUUAUCAAAGUUUGGUUAAGAUGGCAAUAGUAAUGUUCUCUACAAUGUUGGUGGCAAGAGUAGCACUUGGACAAAAAAGAACAGCAAUUGCAGAGUGUAUAAGAGAAUGCAUGCCCAUAUGCAUGAAAUUGUACAAAUCAUUAUCUAUUUCUUGUGAAAGAGCUUGUAUUCAUGGGUGUGAACAAUUACAAGGUAAAGGAUCUCCAAGUAAUAUCAAGGAUUUAAGAGACAAUAAAUAAGAUCAAAGCCACUUUUAGUUGAUAAUAAUAAUAUAUAUAUAGAGAAAGAGGAAGGAAUGAUUAAACAGAAUGACUUUUUGUUGUAGGAAAGAAAAUUUUCUAAAUUCCUUUUCCUUUGUUAGUGUUAGUAAUUAUGAUCUUUCUUUCUUCUUCCCAUCUACAAGAUCUAUUUAUUAUCCUUUAGAAUAUUGGUAGGGUAUAUUUCCCACUUAGAGUUGCAUUGUAGUUUUUCUCCCUCUUAUUUAUUUGAGUAUUUUGUUCAUUAUAGCAAGAAUUUUAGACUUUAUGUGUUGUUUAUGUGAAUGAGUUACUAGUUGCAUGUAUAAUUUUAAUAAUUUUGUAAAUGAGUUGAGUUGCUCGUAAGUUAUUUGAAACUUGACUCGAUAUGUA